AUGUACCAUCUUCGGUCAACGAUCGCACUGAAAAUUCCUAUCAGAAGUCUCACAAUGUCAGUGAAUACCAUUACGCAAUCUUUGGCCUCUUUAGGUCUUAAACAGGAAUCUUCUUUCGAAGGCUCUAACCCUGAAUACAAUGUCGUUGAUGUUAUGAGAAAUUACAUCACCAACGAAUUGCAUACUAUUACAGGUAUUGCAAAGGAUAUCAUUUUUGUUGCAUUGGACUCACCUUCUACUUUGGACAAGGGUGACCUUCUUGUUCCUCUUCCACGUUUGAGACUUCCAAAAGGGACAGAUUUCAAGAGCAAAGCUUCUGAAAUUGCAACUGCUUUCAAAACUGGUGGUUACUUGUCUGAGGUUAAGGCUGAAGGUCAAUUUUUGCAAUUCUUUUUUGACAAGAAAUGUCUUUUCAACCUCGUGAUCAAAGAUACAUUGACCAGAAAAACUGACUAUGGGUACUUGCCCUUGGGUGUUGGUAAGAAGAUUAUCAUCGAGUUCUCUUCUCCAAACAUUGCCAAGCCAUUCCAUGCUGGCCAUUUGAGAUCAACCAUUAUUGGCGGAUUCUUAUCUAACUUGUAUGAAAAGGCAGGUUGGGACGUCACCAGAAUCAAUUACUUGGGCGAUUGGGGUAAGCAAUUCGGAUUGUUGGCUGUCGGUUUUGAAAAGUAUGGAGAUGAACUGAAAUUGGAAACGGAUCCAAUCAACCACUUGUUCGAAGUUUACGUGAAAGUAAACAAAGAUAUCACCGAUGAGGGCGAUGUUGAAGGUGGUACUAAUGAUAAGGCUAGAGCAUACUUCAAGAGAAUGGAGGAUGGUGACGAAGAAGCUUUGAAAAUGUGGAGAAAAUUCAGAGAUUUGUCCAUUGAAAAAUAUGUUGACACCUACUCACGUCUUAACAUUAAAUACGAUGUCUACUCUGGUGAAUCGCAAGUGUCUCAGGAAUCGAUGAAGAAUGUUAUCAAAUUGUUCGGCGAGAAAGGUUUGGUCCAUGAGGACAGAGGUGCGAAGUUGAUUGACUUAACCAAAUUCAACAAGAAGUUAGGCAAAUGUCUCGUUGAGAAGUCUGACGGUACUUCUUUGUAUUUGACUAGAGAUGUUGGGGAGGCCAUGAAGCGUUAUGAGCAAUUCCACUUUGACAAGAUGAUUUAUGUCAUUGCUUCCCAACAAGACUUGCACACUGCACAAUUCUUUGAAAUCUUGAAACAAAUGGGUUUCGACUGGGCUAAGAACUUAGAGCACGUAAACUUCGGUAUGGUUCAAGGUAUGUCCACUAGAAAGGGUACGGUUGUUUUCUUGGACAACAUUUUAGAAGAGACUAAGGAUAAGAUGCACGAGGUGAUGAAGAAGAACGAAACCAAGUACGCUCAAAUUGAAGACCCUGAGAAGAUUGCCGACUUGAUUGGUGUUUCUGCAGUGAUGAUUCAGGACAUGCAAUCCAAACGUAUCAACAACUACGAGUUCAAAUGGGAGAGAAUGCUCUCGUUUGAAGGUGACACUGGUCCAUAUUUGCAGUACGCUCACUCUCGUUUAAGUUCCGUCCAAAGAAAGGCUGGUAUUUCCGAAGAGAAAUUGAAGGAAGCUAACUUUGACUUGUUGACCGAACCAUGUGCUGUUCAAAUGGUGAGAGUUUUGGCCCAGUACCCAGACAUCAUCAAGAAGGCAUUGAAAACUAGCGAACCUUCUACUAUUGUCACCUACUUGUUCAACUUGACACACCUUGUUUCGACAUGUUAUGACAUUUUGUGGGUUGCUGGCCAAGAGGAGGAAUUGGCCACAGCUAGAUUGGCGUUGUAUGCCGCUGCCAAGCAAGUCUUGUACAACGGUAUGGUGUUGUUGGGAUUGACGCCAGUUGAAAGAAUGUAG